AUGGUUUUCAUGGACGACAGUGGCCAGCCUAGCCAGGAGCAAAUUGGCAAAGCAAAGGAUGGACUCCGGAUCAAGGAGCCCCUUAGCGGUCCAAUCUUCGACGCCCACGAUAUCAAGGUCCUGCUGAUUCCUGGGACUCUCGGCAUUUGCUUGUCUCUUCUAUUCCUCAGCUUCUCCACAGAAUUCUACCAGUAUCUUCUGUCCUUUGGUGUUCUCGGUGGCCUCUCAGCUUCGUUUCUCUUUAACCCGAGUCUGGCGGCUAUUGGUCACUGGUUCCACGAGCGCCGCGCAUUUACCACUGGCCUCGCAUGCACGGCGGGUGGCCUCGGCGGAAUUGCGUUUCCGUUGAUCAUACUCUACCUCUCGCCCCGACUCGGGUUCCCCUGGGCGAUUCGCAUCAUCGCGUUGAUCUGCCUGGGUCUACUGCUUGUUGCGUGCGUGACCUUGCAAAAGCGUCUGCCCAACAACAAACAGGGAGGCGCGUGCAUCGACCUCAAGGCGCUCGGGGAGCUCAACUUUGCCAUCACCACUCUGAGCGUCUUCCUGAUCGAGUUUGCCGUCUUCAUCCCUUACACUUACAUCGUCUCAUACGCGCUCCACAAUGGCUUCGAGCCUCAAAGAGCUCAGAUGCUGAAUGUCUUGUUGAACGUGGGAGCGGUACCCGGACGAGCGCUGCCGGGCUACGCGGCGGACCGCUUCGGAGCGUUCAACACAAUGUGUGUCACGGCAGGGGCAUGCACCGCGUCCAUACUCGCUCUCUGGCUCACGGCUGGUGAGAGCCAGGCGAGGACCACUGCGUUUACGGUCCUGUUCGGCUUCUGGUCUGGUGCCGCCAUCAGUCUGACUCCCGUCUGUGUGUCGCGAGUCUGCCGGAUCGAAGACUAUGGGAAGAGAAAUGGGACUGCGUUCUUCGUCGCGAGCUUUGGCGCCCUGGUUGGUGUGCCCAUUGGUGGCGCCAUUGUAGACGGGAAUGGUGGCGGCUAUCGCGGUCUCAUUGUCUUUGGCGGAGCUCUGUAUGCUGCGGCGUUUGUCUCGUUCGUCAUUGCAAGAGGCAUUGCUGGCGGUUGGAGGUAUUGCAAGUUCUGA